UCCGAGUAUGAAAUGCCCCUCGAUGAAAGAUGGGAGGUUCCAAGAAACAAAUUAAUCUUAGGGGAAAGAUUAGGCGAGGGUGCAUUUGGCAUAGUGACCAAAGGUCAAAUAACUGGGUUAAAGACCAAGGGCACGUAUGCACGAAACAUCGAUGGUCCCAUCACUGUAGCGGUCAAGAUGUUGAAGGAUGACGCAACUGACCUUGAGAUGUCUGACCUAGUGAGAGAGAUGGAACUGAUGAAGAUGAUAGGCCACCAUGACAACGUGCUUAAUUUAUUGGGGUGCUGUACUCAAAAUGGUCCACUUUUAGUCAUUGUUGAGUAUGCCGCCCACGGGAAUUUGAGAGACUUUUUAAGAAGAAACCGUCCAGUGAACAACACUCCAAACUACGACGUGCCUGUUUUUAGAUACGUCAACAGCAACACACUAUCGUAUGCCGACUUGUUGUGGUAUGCUCUACAGGUUGCUCUAGGAAUGGACUUUCUUUCUAAUAAAAUGUGCAUACACAGAGAUUUGGCAGCCCGCAAUGUGCUAGUCGUAGAGAGGGGCUUGUUGAAGAUUUGUGAUUUUGGUCUAACAAGGAACAUUCCUAAUAACGAUUAUUACAGGAAGACAACCAGUGGUAGACUCCCCAUCAAGUGGAUGGCUCCAGAGGCCCUCUUCGAUAUGAAGUAUUCAACCAAGAGUGAUGUAUGGUCAUAUGGCAUUCUUUUGUGGGAAAUUUUCACGUUCGGUGGCAACCCCUACCCUUCAGUGCCCAUCGAACAAUUGUUUGACCUCCUCAGACAAGGUCACCGGAUGGAGAAGCCCCCGUACGCUAACAAGGACAUUUACGACCUGAUGUUGAGCUGUUGGGCCAAUGACCCCUUCGUGAGACCUUCCUUCUCUACCAUCGCUUCCUCACUC